UUGUGUGUUAUCUUAUGUUUUAAAGAAAACGAGAGCAGACCGGAAGAAAUGAAUAACAGAUCCUGACAGAGGGAGAGAAGAGGGAUCGAUUGGGGAAAGGUGUAUUUGUAAGGAGAGGUUAUACUGAAAGUGGUGACAAGAACAGAAAUACACAAAGCAAAGCUAUGAAGAAAUCUUUUAAUAACCGCACCAAGGACUUUAACUCUGAAAAAUCAAGCAUAUUCUCAGAUUCCUAUAUUUUCUCAAAGGAGAUAGUAAACAUAAACCCCAAACCUUUCUCAUGUUCUGAAAGUGGAAGAUAUUUUAGUCAUAAAUCACGGCUUGUCAAUCAUCAGAAAACUCACACAGGAGAGAAACCGUUCUCAUGUUCUGAAUGUGGAAAAUGUUUUCGGCACCCUUCAAACCUUGUCAGUCAUCAGAAAACUCACACAGGAGAGAAACCGUUCUCAUGUUCUGAAUGUGGAAAAUGUUUUCGGCACCCUUCAAACCUUGUCAGUCAUCAGAAAACUCACACAGGAGAGAAACCGUUCUCAUGUUCUGAAUGUGGAAAAUGUUUUGUUCAUAAAUCACGGCUUGUCAAUCAUCAGAAAACUCACACAGGAGAGAAACCGUUCUCAUGUUCUGAAUGUGGAAAAUGUUUUGUCACUAAAGCAGAGCUUGUCAGUCAUCAGAGAACUCACACAGGAGAGAAACCGUUCUCAUGUUCUGAAUGUGGAAAAUGUUUUCGGCACCCUUCAAACCUUGUCAGUCAUCAGAAAACUCACACAGGAGAGAAACCGUUCUCAUGUUCUGAAUGUGGAAAAUGUUUUCGGCACCCUUCAAACCUUGUCAGUCAUCAGAAAACUCACACAGGAGAGAAACCGUUCUCAUGUUCUGAAUGUGGAAAAUGUUUUGUUCGUAAUCGAGAGCUUGUCAGGCAUCAGAGAACUCACACAGGAGAGAAACCGUUCUCAUGUUCUGAUUGUGGAAAAUGUUUUGUUCGUAAACCAGAGCUUGUCAGUCAUCAGAGAACUCACACAGGAGAGAAACCAUUCUCAUGUUCUGAAUGUGGAAAAUGUUUUGUUCGUAAAUCACAGCUUGUCAUUCAUCAGAGAACUCACACAGGAGAGAAACCGUUCUCAUGUUCUGAAUGUGGAAAAUGUUUUCGGCAACAUUCAAAUCUUGUCAGUCAUCAGAGAACUCACACAGGAGAGAAACCAUUCUCAUGUUCUGAAUGUGGAAAAUGUUUUAGGCAACAUUCACAUCUUGUCAGUCAUCAGAGGACUCACACAGGAGAGAAACCGUUCUCAUGUUCUGAAUGUGGAAAAUGUUUUCGGCAACAUUCAAAUCUUGUCAGUCAUCAGAGAACUCACACAGGAGAGAAACCAUUCUCAUGUUCUGAUUGUGGAAAAUGUUUUAGGCACCAUUCAAAUCGUGUCAGUCAUCAGAGAACUCACACAGGAGAGAAACCGUUAUCACGUUCUGAAUGGGGAAAAUUAUUUUUUGUUAAUCCUAAUCUUGAUAGACAUCAGAGAUCUCACACAGGUGAUGAGUCUCUAAAAUUGUAUUAUGCAUUAACAUAGAAAUGAAAUAUCUUGUUUUGUGAAUUUUGAUCAUGCUGACACAGUAAAUAGUAAUUGUGAUAGUAGCAGUCAACGUACAUAUGAUGACUUUCCGGCAACUCAGGAUACAUUGUGGUUGUAUGUUCUGUUUGUUACAGAGUGAAAGGCUACUUCCCCCAACCCCCAUGUUAAUAUAGACCAUGGCAGCUCCACUGGUGCACAAGGUUACAUCACCUUUUCCCUAACGGGACCAUGGUUGCGUUACCGGACCUACAAACCUGAUACGACUUGCCAAAUAAAGCGAUAUUCCCCUGCCUACAACUCAAGUCCCUUCUGAGGUCUUUGACCCCCCCCCCCGCAAGAGUUUCACACACAUUCACUCGGAUAGAGGAGAUAUGUAUGUCCACCAAAAUUCCCUGCAAAACCAUUUCUUUAACAUACCACUUGGCAGUGGCAGAGGAAGUACCGGACAAACAUGUCCUAGCGUGGUAUGUGGACUUACACACCACAUACACCAUGGAACACUGGCACAAAGCCUACACAGCACAUAAAGGGAAAACAGCUUGCACAGCGCACCUGGAACAAAUGAGGAAGUUACUACACCGAUGGUAUAUGGUACCAGACAGACUGACGAAAAUCUACCCCACCGCCUCUGCAAAAUGCUGGAGGUGUAACACAGAAAGGGGAUCUAUGCUUCACAUAUGGGGGACUUGGGCACACAAUUUAUGCUGCAACCAGCAUUGGGACUCCUGUUCCUAACCCUAGGCACAUUUAAAUGUGUCAAGGGGGCCCUGAUCUUCCAUAUACUGAUCUCGGC